AUGCCUGUUAAAAAGCUGCAGAAAACAUACCUGAACAUGCCUGUCAAAAACCUGCAGAAAACAUACCUGAACAUGCCUGUCAAAAACCUGCAGAAAACAUACCUGAACAUGCCCAGCAGUAAAUUUGCCAACCCCAGCGCCACAGUACCAACCCCAGCGCCACAGUGCCAACCCCAGCGCCACAGUGCCAACCCCAGCGCCACAGUGCCAACCCCAGCGCCACAGUGCCAACCCCAGCGUCACAGUGCCAACCCCAGCGCCACAGUGACAACCCCAGCGCCACAGUGCCAACCCCAGCGUCACAGUGCCAACCCCAGCGUCACAGUGCCAACCCCAGCGCCACAGUGUCAACCCCAGCGCCACAGUGCCAACCCCAGUGCCACAGUGCCAACCCCAGCGUCACAGUGCCAACCCCAGCGUCACAGUGACAACCCCAGCGCCACAGGGCCAACCCCAGCGCCACAGCGCCACAGUGACAACCCCAGUGCCACAGUGCCAACCCCAGCGUCACAGUGCCAACCCCAGCGUCACAGUGCCAACCCCAGCGCCACAGUGCCAACCCCAGCGCCACAGUGCCAACCCCAGCGUCACAGUGCCAACCCCAGCGUCACAGUGACAACCCCAGCGCCACAGUGCCAACCCCAGCGCCACAGUGCCAACCCCAGCGCCACAGUGCCAACCCCAGCGCCACAGCGCCACAGUGCCAACCCCAGCGCCACAGUGCCAACCCCAGCGCCACAGUGCCAACCCCAGCGCCACAGCACCACAGUACCAACCCCAGCGCCACAGUGCCAACCCCAGCGCCACAGUGCCAACCCCAGCGCCACAGCGCCACAGUGCCAACCCCAGCGCCACAGCGCCACAGUACCAACCCCAGCGCCACAGUGCCAACCCCAGCGCCACAGUGCCAACCCCAGCGCCACAGCGCCACAGUGCCAACCCCAGCGCCACAGUGCCAACCCCAGCGCCACAGUGCCAACCCCAGCGCCACAGCGCCACAGUACCAACCCCAGCGCCACAGUGCCAACCCCAGCGCCACAGUGCCAACCCCAGCGCCACAGUGCCAACCCCAGCGCCACAGUGCCAACCCCAGCGCCACAGUGUCAACCCCAGCGCCACAGUGCCAACCCCAGCGCCACAGUACCAACCCCAGCGCCACAGUGCCAACCCCAGCGCCACAGUGCCAACCCCAGCGCCACAGUACCAACCCCAGUGCCACAGUGCCAACCCCAGCGCCACAGUGCCAACCCCAGCGCCACAGUGCCAACCCCAGCGCCACAGCGCCACAGUGCCAACCCCAGUGCCACAGUGCCAACCCCAGCGCCACAGUGCCAACCCCAGCCCCACAGUGCCAACCCCAGCGCCACAGUGCCAACCAGUGCCAACCCCAGCGCCACAGUGCCAACCCCAGCGCCACAGUACCAACCCCAGCGCCACAGUGCCAACCAGUGCCAACCCCAGCGCCACAGUGCCAACCCCAGCGCCACAGUGCCAACCAGUGCCAACCCCAGCGCCACAGUGCCAACCCCAGCGCCACAGUACCAACCCCAGCGCCACAGUGCCAACCAGUGCCAACCCCAGCGCCACAGUGCCAACCCCAGCGCCACAGUGCCAACCCCAGCGCCACAGUACCAACCCCAGCGCCACAGUGCCAACCCCAGCGCCACAGUGCCAACCCCAGUGCCACAGUGCCAACCCCAGUGCCACAGUGACAACCCCAGUGCCACACGCCACAGUGCCAACCCCAGCGCCACAGUGCCAACCCCAGCGCCACAGUACCAACCCCAGCGCCACAGUGCCAACCAGUGCCAACCCCAGCGCCACAGUGACAACCCCAGCGCCACAGUGCCAACCCCAGCGUCACAGUGCCAACCCCAGCAUCACAGUGCCAACCCCAGCGUCACAGUGACAACCCCAGCGCCACAGUGCCAACCCCAGCGCCACAGUGCCAACCCCAGCGCCACAGUGCCAACCCCAGCGCCACAGCGCCACAGUGCCAACCCCAGUGCCACAGUGCCAACCCCAGCGCCACAGUGCCAACCCCAGCCCCACAGUGCCAACCCCAGCGCCACAGUGCCAACCAGUGCCAACCCCAGCGCCACAGUGUCAACCCCAGCGCCACAGUGCCAACCCCAGCGCCACAGUGUCAACCCCAACGCCACAGUACCAACCCCAGCGUCACAGUGCCAACCCCAACGCCACAGUGCCACAGUACCAAUAAACCAUGUUUGA